AUGCCCAUCGAUCGCUCCAGGGUUCGAAAUGUUUUCAUCUACGAUGGUGCUACACGAGACUGUUUUGGUGGAAUGCGACAGAAUGGAUCGAUAACAGAAGCUGUGUUUCUUUGGAUCCUGAACUAUAUCCUGAUCCUUACAGACGAUGAAUGUCAAGUCAAAGCACGAGCUUCUCAACAGAUUAUCUUACCGACAAGCAACCCUCUUGAACCUGGUGAUUAUGAUGUCUAUUGUAAUGGCAGGUGGUAUGAUCUUAAAAGCACCAUCGAGCUCACUAAUGAACCCUGGGUGCAACGAAUUCUAUCACAUAGUGUCAGCGGACGAGAAGACAGCUUCCGUGACGGAUUACGUACACGAGAUGGAAGGUGUGUCCUGUCGGGUUUCCCAAACCUAAACGCGGAUAUUGGUGACUGGAGCCCCUUUGAGGGUGCCCACAUUUUCCCGCUCGAGAAGGAAGCCAUAUGGAUUACAUAUAAUUUCGGAAGAUGGAUCACCGAUAUGGACUAUACGAACGGCGUGAUCUUCAUACGAUUAUUUAAUCGUGAUAUCUUCGGUCUUGAUGGGAGAGUCCUGGAUCCUGUAUGUCGUAUCCCGGCGGACCCGCACCGCGUAUCAGAUGAGUUACUUAGGUGGCAUUUCCGGCAAUCAGUGCUUGCGAAUAUGAGAGGAGCUGGUGAGCCUAUUUUUGAACAUGAUUUUCCACCAGGAACAGAUAUGAUAAAGGAGAUUCGUGAAGGCCCCAGUGCGCAGGAAAGGUUUGAAAUGGAAAUUGCUUCGAGGUUACGCGCAUUCGAGGUUUAGAAGAUGAGUGAGAGAAAGGCAUUGCCAGAUUGAAAAGUACUUUUGUACCACCUACUGGUCUGUAUUUUUAUUAGCAUGGAGUGGACCGUUAUCUAACGACCUUUAUUCAGAGAUAGAGUUAGGUUAUCACAGCGUCUUU